AGCGGCAUUAGUGUGGUGGUCUGGUACCCUGCUCUCCAGUCUCUGCUGCACACGCUGCCAUUGUCAACGCCUCCAACGCGCUCUGAACCAGAACCGAGGGACCCACGCUGCUUUUACGCACACGAACCCCGGGACAUACGGUGCUGCUGUGAAACCCUUUGCCCUUCCUCAUCUACCUCCUCUGCUCCAAACCGCCCCCACCCUCCCCUCCUCCUCAUCUCUCCUCCUCCCCAGCGAACAUGCCUCCUGCAGUGGGCGGGCCGGUCGGGUACACUCCCCCCGAGGGCGGGUGGGGCUGGGCCGUGGUGGUGGGAGCCUUCAUCUCCAUUGGCUUCUCCUACGCCUUCCCCAAGUCCAUCACCGUCUUCUUUAAGGAGAUUGAAGCCAUUUUCGAUGCCACGCCCAGCCAGGUGUCGUGGAUCUCCUCCAUCAUGCUCGCGGUCAUGUACGCCGGAGGUCCAAUUAGCAGUAUCCUGGUGAACCGCUUUGGCAGCAGACCCAUCAUUAUGAUCGGGGGGUGCCUGGCUGGCUCCGGGCUCAUCGCUGCCUCCUUCUGUAACACUGUGGAACAGCUCUACUUCUUCAUCGGGGUCGUGGGAGGUUUGGGUCUUGCUUUCAACCUGAACCCCGCCUUGACCAUGAUCGGAAAAUACUUCUACAAACGCCGUCCGAUUGCAAACGGCAUCGCUAUGGCCGGCAGCCCCGUGUUCCUGUCCACGCUCGCGCCGAUGAACUCCUGGCUCUAUGACGCAUUCGGCUGGAGGGGCAGUUUUCUCAUUCUGGGUGGACUUCUGCUCAACUGCUGCGUCGCCGGGUCCCUUAUGCGCCCGAUCGGCCCUAAACCCCAACCCCCUGCUCCCAAAGACGACGUGGAGGUCAAGAAAGAGAAGAAAACUGUUUUACAAACCAUCAACUCGUUCAUCGAUCUCACAUUGUUCAAACACAGAGGCUUCCUGCUGUACUUAUCGGGGAAUGUGGUCAUGUUCUUCGGACUAUUUGCUCCUCUGGUUUUCCUGUCAAACUACGCCAAAAGCAAAGACAUUAGUAAAGAAAAGGCGGCGUUCUUGCUUUCAGUGUUGGCGUUCGUGGACAUGGUCGCUCGCCCCUCCAUGGGUAUCGUCGCCAAUACGAAAUGGGUGCGGCCGCGGAUCCAGUUCUUCUUUGCCGGAGCGGUUUUGUACAACGGUGUCUGUCACGUGUUUGCGCCGAUGUCAACGGAUUACAUGGGCUUCGUAAUCUACGCCAUCUUCUUCGGGUUUGCGUUCGGGUGGCUGAGCGCGGUCCUGUUUGAGACGCUCAUGGACCUGGUGGGAGCGCAGAGGUUUUCGUCGGCCGUGGGGCUGGUGACCAUCGUGGAGUGUGGGCCGGUGCUGCUCGGACCCCCGCUCACAGGCAGCUUUUAUAACCACUACAAACACUACGACUACACCUACAUCUCCUCCGGCAUCAUCCUCAUCGUGGCCAGUGUGAUGCUGUUUGUGGGAAUGGGAAUCAACUACAAGCUCCUGGAUAGAGAGAAGGCGGCGGAGGAGAAGAAGGCGAGGGACCAGCCAAAAGAAGAGACCGAAGCAAUGUUACCCCCCAAGUCACCAGAGGGCGACGAAGAGAAGGCUGUGGCCGCGGUAACACUAGCAGACGUGGCGAGAAUGGAUGAGGACACUGUUUAAACAAAGACUAUUUAAGACUUUCUAUUGCCACAAAGCUCACACGAUUUUGUAAGAAAAAAAAAUCGAAUAGUUUUUUUUUUUAAGAUCCAAGUUUCACUUCACCAUGUGCAUUUUUAAAAUAUGUCCAGGAAUGUUGAUGUUUGAGAGAAGAACUGAAAUCUGAACUGCUAAACCAAUACAGUGUCUGUAGAAGUCGGAACUACAGGGUAGGCAGGAUUUACACAGAAUAAGACCCCAUGGAGACACAGGGAGGGCAUCUGACACACACACAGGUACUUUUAUAUCAUAUGAGUAACUAGUUUUCACUUUGUUAACCGGAUUCUGUGCAUUUAACCAAGGCAAUAGCACCAUCUAGAGGACACUGUCACAUCUGCGUAGUCAGUAGAGCCUCUUUCAGUCUAUAGUGUAAGUAUAAGCAUAAGCCAUGUACUCUUCUAAACCUGGUUUUUAAGGUGUACAAUGAACCUUUUCUGGUAAAUGGUCUGCCACCUCCUUGUCUCCAUGGAGAUGUCAUUUUCCUGGGGUGUUGUACAGUAUGGCAUUAAGCUUGCCUUGCAUUUAUUUAAAUGGACAUUUUUAUCUCUCAAAAACCAGCAUUUUGACAGUGUGCAGGCUGAUCUCUCCACAGAUCUGACUAGACCUAUAACUUAGCACCACCUGCUUGAAUAUCUAUGAAUAUAGAUUAGUUUAAUGCCAUGCUUUGGAACAUUCCAGGUGAAGCAACACUGUCUCAGUGUAGAUGAGUCUGUAGCGAGCCCUUCACCAGUAAACUUGUGUAGUCUACGUUUAAAUAUAUUUAUUGCAUAGAACUUUUAGAGCUUUUCUGUCCCGAUACCGAUAUCGAUACUUUGACCUAGUAUCAGCUGAUAUCUGGUGCUGGGAUAGACUUUACCUUUAAACACAAAUGGCGUAUGAUACAAUAUGAUCCAAAUGUGUUUUAAGUGUUACAGUUGAUCCAGUCCAAUUUAUAGACCAAAUGUGAUAUCGACUGAACCGAUAUCCGAUCCAUCGAACUUUUUGAUAUCUGUGCCGAUAUCAGAUGCCAGUGUCGGUGCGUCUACACAGAACAACUUGAAAAUGUGCUCAGUACAGUUUGUUUUAUUUCAAUUUGCUUGGCAAAGUUAUGGUACUCAUCUAGAGGACACUUUAGCUCAUCUUUUGAUGGGAGAACGAUGUCAAAACCUGUCUGUAUUUACAAAAAUCUGGGGUUUAAGCGCCUUGCAGUACAUUUCCCCUGUCUUUGACCUCAUCAUUUACGCGUGUGUGGUUGGAGCAUGUCUCUGUCUGCGUCUGUCAGAGCGAGACGGGGGCAGGUCAAACCCACAAACUGAUGUCAUUUUUAGAUGGUUUCUCUCAGGGUCGACUUGAGCUACGUGAAGUUUCAUAUGAACAAAACUAUGACCUGGUUCAAAUAUUGGGAGAUUAUUUCUUAGUUUUAUGAAGUUAUAUGAACAAAAACAUUUUAAAGGUAGGUUUCAUGGUCUCGUGACGAUGCUAGUUUUUCUUGACAGCAAAUUGUGAUGGGACUUGAUGAGACUUGAUGAGACUGUAGUUUUUACAAUGUAGGCUAUUGUAUUUUUAGUUUUUUUGGGAGUUUAUUUCUGUGUUAGCAUUAAUCUCAUUUGUUGUUAGUUUUUUGCAUUUCACAACAGUUCAGUCUACAACUGUAUUUUUAAAUGAAAUGACAUAAUAUUGAAGUUAUAAUUUUUGUAGUUUUUUCAAAAUAAUUGUUCACACAGAAUUGGAAAAAAAAUACACUAAUACAAUGUUCAAAUCUAGAUGUCGAUUACGUUCAAAAAAUGUAUUUUUUAUAGUGUAUAAGAAUUUCAACUAAUUUCAAUUUGUGUAGAUAUUUAUUUUUUUUGCAGUGUAUGUAAAAUUCCACUAAAAAAAAUUCGAAAUCGGUGACACAUGGAUUUACCGUUUUAAAAUUAUAUCUGUUUUUACUGAUUUUGUACUGUCAAGCCGGCCUGUCACUAUAAUCACUAUGUAAAGACUUGGUUCAGUAUUUAAGAGCUGGAACAGUAUUUUAUGGCUCAAAAUGUAAGUGUAAAAGUGAAGAUUUUGGGGUAUUUUAGUGAUAGAUUUGAACUGUAGAAGGUUGAAAAAUUCACUUCUAUGGUUAAUUAUUGCUUAAUUUUGCUUUUAAUAUGCUGUAGCCCUGGUUUUAAAGCCAUUGUCUAUUUAAAAUGAUUCACUGGGAUUAUCUUGCAUUAUUAUUACUGUGUCAGUGGCAUAAAAUAGUUUCAAUAUUAUCGUUUAUUGCUGUAUUUCUCUAUAGCAACAAAAUGUGUUAUAGUGACAGGCCUAACUGAUGAGACUAGAGUAUGAAUUUUUAUGUUGUUUUUUUUUUUUUUUUUUUUUUUUUUUUUAUAGUUUAUUCUUAAGCAAAUUGUUUUAACAGAUCACAAUUGUUGCUUGUUUAAUAUUCUGUAUAACCAGAAUUUGAGGUGGGCAUUAUAACAGAAAUGUUUAUCGCAAUGUUGUUUGAUCAGUUAAUGCAAUAUAAAGCUACCAUCUGGAACUUUUUUGCCAAUAUUGAAGUUCGACAGCAUUCUGCCAGAUGACGAUGGUGUUAAUGUUUUAUCUUUAAUAUGUUCUUUGUGUUUUUGAAUGAAACUGGAAGUCGCUGUAACCCUUUGCUUCAGUUUUAUUGAGUUUAUUCGUGUGUUUCGAUAUAUUUUUGUAACAUAGUAUUUUUGAGUUUUCGUGCUGUAAAUGGCUUAAAUUUUACCGUAAAUUAAUUCUAUGACCAAAAAAAAUUCUUACCCCCAAACAAAAGAUUUUAAGCACAUUUUUUGCAGUGUUUUAAAGGUACUCUAUGAAACAUUUCUGGAAGAGUGUUUGCCAUCUGCUCGUUGCCAUGGAGAUACAUUUUGCUUUUCCUGGAAUGCUCCACAGUAGGCAUUUAACUGUUAUUGAGAAUGAAUGCAUAAAUCUCAGGUGUUUUUAUGGCUCAAAAAUCCCUUUUAAAAACUUGCACUCUGACUGUGAGCAGGGAUCGCCUUUCCACAGGUCUGACCUGUAACUUGGCUUGAUCGUGUCACCUGCCAAAUAAAUUGAAUGCCAUACUGCGAAACAUCCCAGAAAAAGCAAAAAAACUUCGCCAUGGAGACAAACAGGUGGCAGAUUCCCAACCAGAAAAGUUGUGUAGUGCAACUUUAAAAUUGCGUAAGUGUGUUUAUAAUUGUAGAAUGUUUCGACCAGUGUCUCUGCCCCAACGUGAUUCUAGAGUAAAUGUUUUUAGGGCCUUUUUCUGAUGUCGAAUGCAGUUUAGAAUGUGUUUGUGUGACAAUUCCCAAUCCGUACGUGAAGAUGGAACGCCGUUGGUGCAGGGUGUGUGACGGUACUGUACUGUACAAUGCUGCAACUCAUUUUUAGCUCAAAUGAACAAAUGUUUUAUGUUUUCUAUGUCUUUAUAAGACUGAACUGAAGUAAAGGUUUUUGAAGAAAA